AAAAAAAAUUUUUUUUUUUUUUUUAACGAAAAUGCCUAAACAAAAUAAACUCAAUAUUGAUAUUCUCAAUAGUGAUAAUCUUGUUCUCAUAUUUGAAAGAUUAUACGAUGAUAAGAAAUCUUUAGUUUCUUGUUUAUUCGUUAAUAGACUUUGGUGUCAAACUUCGUUGAGAAUUUUAUGGAAGGAUCCUUGGAGCUUAUUCUUAAAUGAAGAUAAACUUGAAAAAUCGAAACCAUUCUUUAGAACUAUUCUAUCUCAAUUACCUGAUGAUUCUAAAAAAAUAUUGGCGGGAAGAAACAUUAAAAUAGAACCUCCAAAACCUUUAUUCGAUUAUGUUAGUCAUCUCAGAUAUAUUAAUCAUACAUAUUCAGCUGAUGGUAAAAAAGAUAAUGAUAUUUAUAAUUAUGCUUUUAAUAAUUAUAAUGAAUCUCAAAGAAGUGAAUUGAAAAAAGAGGUUUAUAAAUUUUUUUUUAAAAAAUGUUCCUCGCUCAUUUUUAUCGAUUUAACUAAUUGUAAUUAUAAAUUAACCGACUUUCCUGAUAUUGAUAAAAAUCUUUCCAAUCUCAAUCAUUUACGUUUAGAUGAUAAAUUCAUUCAACUUAUUAGUAGUUUGACCGAAUUAUGUAAAUCAAUAGAAAAAGUUGAUAUUAAUCUUACUUGUUCAAAUCCUACUGGAAUUAGUAAAUUUUUUCAAGCUCAAUUAAGAUUGAAAUCUAUCAUAAUUAGAGAUAAUGUUAAUGAGAGUAAUAAUACUAGUUUAGAAAAACAAUAUGGAAUGAUUGGUGAUGCUAUAGUUGAAAAACGUGAUCUUACUUAUUUGGAUUUAACUAUCGAAAAUAACGUAUCUUUUUAUAAUAAUCUUCUUACAAAUUUGACGAAAUUACGAAAAUUAGUAUUAUAUGAUAGUAGAUAUCGUAAUGUUACUGUUCAUAAGCAAUUGAAAUUUGAUAAUUUUUCUCAAUUACAAGUUCUUCAAAUUGGUAUAUCAUUCUCCGUUGCUGUAAAAAUUAUUCAAGCAACUAAAAAUACUAUUCAAGUCAUUUGGUUGGAUAAAGGGAAUCAAGAAUCUGAAGAACAAAUCGCUUUACUUAUACGUUCAAUCACUGAACAUUGUCGUAAACUUAAAUAUCUUAAAACUUAUUUAAAAGACGAAAAUCUUGAAGAUUUUAAACAACUUUUACUUAAUUGUAAGUAUUUGGAAGGUUUAUAUAUUUUUAGAGGAAGUAUUUAUAAUGAUGAAGAUGGUAAAAAAUUAUUGGAUGUUUUGGCUGAUGCUGCUCAAGAGAAUUUAUAUAAAUUUCAACUUCAUUAUUGUUAUUUUAAGAUAGAUACUUUGGAUAAUUUUUUUAAGAAAUGGAAAGGUAAAAAAGGUAGAAAACCUUUAUAUUUAUAUCCUAUUUUAGCUAAUUAUUACGAAACUAGAUAUUUAAGCAGAGAGGAAUUUAAUAAGAAUAAAAAGAGAUUUAAUGAAAUGAUUGAAAGGUAUAAAAAGGAUAAAACCAUUAAAAUUUUUGAAAAUUCUAAAGAUUUCAUGUUCAUUAAUGAUUUCGAAUUUUGAAAAAAUCACUAAGUGUCUUUAUUAUUAUUAUUAUUUUUAUUAUUUUUUUUUUUUUUUAGAGAUAUUUAGUUAUUAAAUAUUUUUUUUUUUUACUUUUCUGAACAUGAUGUAAUUUAUAACCUAUGAUUAUUAAAUAAAGCUUAUUGAUAUAU